AUGGAUUCAGGAGUUUCCUUGAAUGAAACUCAAAUGCUUGGGGAAAAAUUACAGCGUGAUCUCGCCGAAAUUAUAAUGAGGUGUCACAGGAUUGGCAUCAGCUGUGAUAUAAAGAUGAUGUUUAGGCAGGUGCGCAUCAUUGAGAGCCAGUAUGAUCUCCAACGGAUAUUUUGUCGCGAGAGUCCGAGGAAUAGAUUAAAAGAAUACUGCUUAGCGGUAGUCACAUAUGGCAUGACGGCAUCUGCAUAUUUAGCCGUACGGUGUUUAAUACAGGCAGCUCGAGAGCAAAUGGAAUAUUUUCCAUCAGCAGCUAGAGCCAUAAUGGAUGAUUUCUACAUGGAUGACGGUAUUACAGGCGCUAGUAAUGAAGAUGAAGCAAUAACAUUGGCCAAAGAGAUGAAGCUUGUGCGG